UCCGAUCAUCCCAAGUUUUUAAGGCUACAUCUGCGGCUCUCGCUCGCUCUCUCUCUCAUCCGUGUUCGAGACACCGGCCAGAACCGGUAGUUGCUGCCGCCUUGCCGGUGAGAUAUAUAUAUCCACCAAACAUGGAAGAACAGUCUAGCAGUAGUAGUCAUCAGGCUGCAGAGAAUCUGAAGGCAAGCCCUUCCCAAGAGGCGAUUGUGAAAGAUAAAGGAAAAAAGGGGAACAUGUUUGUAGGCACAAUGCUGAGAGAAAUUUACCUCAAAAAUCUGAGAAAGGAUGCUUUACAAGAUGCGCAAGCCUCAGAUGUUAAUGGACCCAAUCCCAAUAUGCAUCCUCAGGAUUAAUUAGAAGGGAGUACUUGUUGUUAUUAGGAUGGGGUGAUUUUAACACUCCCUCUUGACCAAUUUCAACCCAACUCUGCCCUUUUAGAAUUCUUUUCUUGAAUGUUUUGAUGCUCCUCUACACAUGUUUUAGCCCACCUCGUUUGUCAAGGUGUCCGUCUAGACGUUCAUUCCUAGCGGCCCGUUAGUCUUUAGCCCAGUUGUCCGUAUGGAUGUUGUACCCAACGGCCUGUGGCCUGUUUAACACGAUUGCUCGUCUGGAAGUCCAUACCCAGCGGCUCGUGGUCCUUUAGGUGUUGGCGCUCAAAAAAAAAAGUCAAGGGAAUGGG